AUGGGUGCAAAGUGGACUCAAUUUUUCCCGCCCAAGCCUGCGCUGACCAAGGAGAACUUUCCAUCGCAGGCAGGAAAGGUUUUGAUCGUCACUGGCGGCAACACAGGCAUCGGCUUUGAACUUGUGAAGAUACUCUACUCAAAAGGUGGCACGGUUUAUACUGCCGCUCGCUCUGUAGAAAGUAUUUCCAAUGCUAUCACCUCAAUUAAGAGCGAGUGUCAAACUUCAGAACCCAAAGGAAAGCUCAAAAGCUUGGUCGUCAAUCUGUCCGAUCUUAAUUUAGUUUCUGUCGCUGCCGCCUCGUUUCUUGGCCAAGAAACACGUCUGGACGUCUUGUUCAACAAUGCCGGCAUAGCUCAAGUCCCUGCUGGUAGUCUCAGUACGGCACGAAAUCUGCCCAAGGGAUGGGUUCGAAUUGUUUGGACGUCAUCCAGCAUAGUCGACAUAGCUGGGCCUCCGGGUGGCGUAUCGCUUGAUGAACUGAUACCAGGAAACUACAACGAGGACAAAGCCCAUAAUUACAGUGCAUCAAAAGCCGGCAACCGGAUGCUCGCAUCUGAGUUCUCCAAACGUCAUUGCGAGUCCGAAGGCAUAAUAAGCAUCACGCAGAACCCUGGUAAUCUGAAGACAAAAAGCUGGGAUACAGUACCUUUACUUAAGUUCAUCUUCGGGCCACUACUUCAUGAUGCAAGAUUCGGCGCUUAUACUGAAAUAUGGUGUGGAAUGAGUGAGGAGGUCAAAGUCGAAGAUGGUGGUAGAUUUGCCAUUCCGUGGGGCCGCUGGCAUCCUGAUCCGCGGAAAGAUGUGUUAGAAAGCUUAAAAGGUAAGGACUAG